UUGAGUGAACUUUCUGCUUAAAACCUUUUUUCUUUCUGCAAAAUUUUCUAUAAACACAAUCGUUAACCUUCAUUAAUCGUUUUACAUAUUUAUCGCCGGCAGUGACCGGAAGUUGCAGCCGCCGGCGCAGUAAGUGGAAGGACUUGUAAGCUAGCUUUUGAAGAUGAAGAUUUUUGUGAAGACUUUGAAAGGCACGCACUUCGAGAUCGAAGUGAAACCCGAAGACACAGUUGCUGAUGUGAAGAAAAGCAUAGAAACAGCUCAAGGUCAAGAUGUCUACCCCGCUGCACAACAGAUGCUUAUCCACCAGGGUAAAGUUCUCAAGGACACUACAACAUUGGAGGAAAACAAAGUUGCUGAAAAUAGCUUUGUCGUUGUAAUGCUUUCCAAGAAUAAGGUUUCAACAAGUGGAACCUCAGCUACACAGUCAGCACCUUCAAAUUCGGCCCAACCUGCAACAUCCACAGGCCAACCUACACAGACAGUAGCACCUCAAGCAACUGCUGCAAAUGCGGCACCUGCACAAUCUGCUCCUGCUCCUGCUCCUGCUCCCGCUCCCGCUCCCGCUCCCUCUCCUGCACCAGCUGCUGCUAAUCCCUUGACAGAUGUGUAUGGCCAAGCGGCAUCAAAUCUUGUUGCUGGAAGUACCUUAGAAACUACAGUUCAACAGAUUCUUGAUAUGGGUGGUGGAAGUUGGGAUCGGGAUACAGUUGUGCGUGCCCUACGUGCUGCAUAUAACAAUCCAGAGAGAGCUAUUGAAUACUUGUACUCUGGUAUUCCUGAGCAAGCAGAAAUCCCACCUGCUGCUCCUGCCAGCGGACAGGCAGUAAAUCCUCCAGUUCAGGCUUCACAGCCAGCAGUUCCGUCUGGUGGGCCAAAUGCUAAUCCUUUGGAUCUCUUUCCUCAGGGCCUUCCAAAUGUGGGUUCAAAUGUUGGAGCUGGAAAUUUGGAUUUCUUAAGCAAUAGUCCACAGUUUCAAGCCCUUCGAGCAAUGGUGCAAGCAAACCCGCAGAUAUUGCAGCCUAUGCUCCAGGAGUUGGGUAAGCAAAAUCCUCAAUUGAUGCGGAUGAUUCAAGAACAUCAAGAUGACUUUUUGCGCCUCAUCAAUGAACCCGUUGAGGGGGAAGGGAAUGUGCCUGGGCAGGCGGCAGGGGCUAUACCACAAGCUGUGACUGUCACACCCGAGGAGCGUGAGGCUAUUGAGCGACUUGAAGCUAUGGGUUUCGAUCGAGCUUUGGUAUUGCAAGUAUUUUUUGCAUGCAACAAAAACGAGGAGAUGGCUGCAAACUAUCUGUUAGAUCACAUGCAUGAGUUUGAUGAAUGACAUGGAUGAAACAGAGUGCACUUUGACCUCUUAGAAUUUUCAUUAUACUUGUUUUUGUUUUUCUAUCUUCUAAAUCCGGGUGACAUACUUUCUAUCUUGCCAUGUGGAGUAAUUCAAUGCCCUCAUUCAGAGUCUUGGAUCUAAAACUAUUUCUUUAAUGGAUAUGUUAUAUAUUUAAGGACCAGCAAGCUUUCAUCU